UCAUCGUUUCUUCGCAUUCCAGCGUCCGACUUUCGGUUCUUCACAAUCAAUCUCCUUUCAUUUCCUCCUUAUUCGUUCGAAAAUGAAAGUGACCGCUGCGUAUUUGUUGGCUGUUUUGGGAGGGAACGCUAAUCCUUCCGCUUAUGAUAUCAAGAACAUUCUCGCCUCUGUUGGGGCUGAUGCCGAUGAAGAUAGGAUUAAGCUUCUUCUUUCAGAAAUUGCGGGUAAAGAUAUAACAGAGGUUAUUGCAGCCGGCAGAGAAAAACUGGCUUCGGUGCCUUCCGGUGGCGGUGUUGCGGCUCCUUUGGCUGCUGCCGCCGGUGGUGCCGGGGGUGCUGCUGCUCCUGCUGCAGCUGAGACGAAGAAAGAGGAGAAAGUGGAGGAGAAAGAGGAAUCUGAUGAUGACAUGGGCUUCAGUCUAUUUGACUGAAGAGGUUGCAGUGCUUUUCUCUUUGCCAAACUUCUCAUUCGAUUUUGCGGUGGAUGUCAAGAUUUUUUGUCGUGUCUAGUGUUUUUUGGUUCAUAUUAAGUAGAGGAGAGGGUACAUUUAACAGUUUUUUGGUUUCUUUAGUAAUGUUUGGAUUUUAGUUUUCUUUUACUUCAAGAUGUA